AAGGGGCCCUGGCCCUACACGACACUGGAGCGAGGAUAUGACUUGGUCACAGGAGAGCAGGCACCAGAGAAAAUACUCAGGUCCACCUACAGUUUGGGUCAAGGGCUCUGGCUGCCAGUCAGUAAGAGCUUCGUGGUGCCCCCCGUGGAGCUUUCCAUCAAUCCCCUUGCCAGCUGCAAGACAGAUGUUCUGGUGACAGAAGAUCCAGCAGAUGUCAGGGAAGAAGCGAUGCUGUCCACCUACUUCGAAACCAUCAAUGACUUGCUCUCCUCCUUCGGGCCCGUCCGGGACUGCUCCCGCAACAACGGCGGCUGCACCCGCAACUUCAAAUGUGUUUCAGAUCGCAAGGUGGACUCCACGGGCUGUGUGUGCCCCGAGGACCUGCGGCCCAUGAAGGAUGGCACUGGCUGCUACGACUACUCCAAGGGCAUCGACUGCUCCGACGGCUUCAACGGCGGCUGCGAGCAGCUGUGCCUGCAGCAGACCCUCCCCCUGCCCCACGACCCCUCCUCCAGCACCAUCUUCAUGUUCUGUGGGUGUGUGGAGGAGUACAAGCUGGCCCCAGAUGGGAAGUCCUGCCUGAUGCUGUCUGACAUCUGCGAGGGCCCCAAGUGCCUGAAGUCAGAGGCCAAGUUCAAUGACACCCUUUUUGGGGAGAUGCUGCACGGCUAUAACAACAGGAGCCAGCACGUCAACCAAGGGCAGGUGUUCCAGAUGACUUUCAGGGAGAAUAACUUCAUCAAAGAUUUCCCCCAGCUGGCUGAUGGCCUCCUGGUGAUCCCACUGCCUGUGGAGGAGCAGUGCCGUGGUGUCCUCUCGGAGCCCCUUCCUGAUCUCCAGCUGCUCACAGGGGACAUCAAGUAUGACGAGGCCAUGGGGUACCCCAUGGUGCAGCACUGGCGGGUCAGGAGCAACCUCUACAGGGUGAAGCUCAGCUCCAUCACACUCUCAGCAGGCUUUGCAAACAUCCUGAAGAUCCUGAACAAGGACAGCAGCCGGGAGGAGCUGCUCUCCUUCAUCCAGCAGUUCGGCUCCCACUACAUCGCGGAGGCGCUGUACGGCUCCGAGUUCAGCUGCACCAUCCACUUCCCCAGCAAGAAGGUCCAGCAGCAGCUCUGGCUCCAGUACCAGAAAGAAACAACUGAGCUUGGCAACAAGAAGGAGCUGAAAUCCAUGCCCUUCAUCACGUACCUGUCAGGCCUGCUGACAGCUCAGAUGCUGUCAGAUGACCACCUCAUCUCGGGUGUGGAGAUUCACUGCGAGGAGAAAGGGCGCUGCCCGUCCACCUGUCACCUGUGCCGGCGCCCCGGCAAGGAGCAGCUCAGCCCCACCCCGGUUCUGCUGGAGAUCAACAGGGUGGUGCCUCUGUACGCUCUGAUCCAGGACAACGACACCAGGGAGGCCUUCAAGGGAGCCCUGAUGAGCUCAUACUGGUGCUCUGGGAAAGGUGAUGUUAUCGAAGACUGGUGCAGGUGCGACCUCAACGCCUUCGAUGAGAACGGACUCCCGAACUGCAGCCCUCUCCCUCCGCCUGUCCUGCGGCUGUCCCCCAGCGUGGAGCCCUCGAGCACCGUGGUGUCCCUGGAGUGGCUGGAUGUGCAGCCUGCCAUCGGGACCAAGGUGUCAGACUAUGUCCUGCAGCACAAGAAGGUGGACGAGUACACGGACACAGACCUUUACACAGGAGAAUCCUUGAGCUUUGCAGAUGAUUUGCUCUCUGGCCUCGCAACCUCCUGUGUGGCAGCGGGUCGGAGCCAUGGAGAUGUCCCUGACACCAGCCUCUAUUCAGUCAUUUUCAAGUGCCUGGAACCAGAUGGUCUGUACAAAUUCACCCUGUAUGCAGUGGAUACACGAGGGAGACACUCAGAGCUGAGCACAGUCACCCUGAGGACAGCGUGCCCGCUGGUAGACGACAGCAAGGCAGAAGAGAUAGCUGACAAAAUCUACAACCUCUACAACGGCUACACGAGCGGGAAGGAGCAGCAGACAGCCUACAACACCCUGAUGGAGGUCUCUGCUUCCAUGCUCUUCCGAGUCCAGCACCACUACAACUCCCACUAUGAGAAGUUUGGAGACUUUGUCUGGCGCAGUGAGGAUGAGCUGGGGCCCAGGAAGGCUCACCUGAUCCUGAGGAGGCUGGAGAAGGUGAGCAGCCACUGCUCGACGCUGCUGCGCAGUGCCUACAUCCAGAGCCGCACCGAGACCAUGCCCUACCUGUUCUGCCGCAGCGAGGAGGUGCGGCCGCCCGGCAUGGUGUGGUACAGCAUCCUAAAGGACACCAAAGUCACCUGCGAGGAGAAGAUGGUCUCCAUGCUGCGCAACACCUACGGGGAGUCCAAGGGGCGGUGA